AUGAAAUGGUACCAGCCUAUGCCGCACGGGGUGAAGCGGCAUCACCACAAGCACAACUUGAAGCACCGCUACGAGCUGCAGGAGACGCUGGGCAAAGGCACCUACGGCAAAGUCAAGAGGGCCACCGAGAGGUUCUCGGGCCGAGUGGUUGCUAUAAAAUCCAUUCGUAAGGACAAAAUUAAGGAUGAACAAGACAUGGUUCACAUCAGACGAGAGAUUGAGAUUAUGUCAUCCCUCAACCAUCCUCAUAUCAUCAGUAUUUAUGAAGUGUUUGAGAACAAAGAUAAGAUUGUGAUCAUCAUGGAAUAUGCCAGCAAAGGGGAGCUGUAUGAUUUCAUCAGCGAGCGGAGACGCCUCAGCGAGAGAGAGACCAGACACUUCUUCCGGCAGAUCGUCUCCGCCGUUCACUAUUGUCACAAGAACGGUGUGGUCCACCGGGACUUGAAGCUGGAAAAUAUACUGCUCGAUGACAACUGCAAUAUUAAGAUUGCUGACUUUGGGCUUUCCAACCUGUACCAGAAGGACAAGUUCUUGCAAACGUUUUGUGGGAGCCCACUCUAUGCGUCUCCUGAGAUUGUCAAUGGGAGGCCUUACCGAGGGCCAGAGGUGGACAGCUGGGCCCUGGGCGUGUUGCUUUACACCCUGGUUUAUGGAACAAUGCCCUUCGAUGGUUUCGAUCACAAAAACCUCAUUCGGCAGAUCAGCAGCGGAGAGUACCGGGAGCCCACGCAGCCCUCAGAUGCUCGAGGACUCAUCCGGUGGAUGCUGAUGGUGAACCCCGAUCGCCGGGCCACCAUCGAGGACAUCGCCAACCACUGGUGGGUGAACUGGGGCUACAAGAGCAGCGUCUGUGACUGUGAUGCCCUCCCCAACUCCGAGUCGCCGCUCCUGGCCCGGAUUAUCGACUGGCACCACCGGUCCACGGGGCUGCAGGCCGAGGCGGAAGCCAAAAUGAAGAACCUGACGAAGCCGGGGGCCUCGGAGGUCAUGCUGGAGCGGCAGCGGUCGCUGAAGAAGUCCAAGAAAGAGAACGACUUUGCCCAGUCCGGCCAGGACUCGGUGCCCGAGAGUCCAUCCAAACUGAGCUCCAAGAGACCCAAAGGGAUCCUGAAGAAGCGAAGCAACAGCGAGCAUCGCUCUCACAGCACCGGCUUCAUCGAAGGCGUCGUCAGUCCUGCCUUACCCCCUGCUUUCAAGAUGGAGCAGGACCUGUGCCGGACUGGCGUGCCCCUCCCGAGCUCCCCCGAGGCAGAGGUGCCAGGUAAACUCAGCCCCAAGCAGGCGGCCACCAUGCCCAAGAAAGGCAUCUUGAAAAAGACGCAGCAGAGGGAAUCGGGUUACUACUCCUCCCCGGAGCGCAGCGAGUCCUCGGAGCUGUUGGACAGCAACGAUGGGAUGGGCAGCAGCAUCCCAUCCCCCAGCCCCCCAGACACAGCCAGGGUGACUGUCCACAGCCUGUCCUGCCGCAGGAAGGGCAUCUUGAAACACAGCAGCAAGUACUCCGCAGGCACCAUGGACCCGGCCCUCGCCAGCCCCGAAAUGCCCACACUGGAAUCCUUGCUGGAGCCCAGCGUCUCCUCCGAGGGCCUCUCCCGGAGCUACAGCCGGCCUUCCAGCAUCAUCAGCGAUGACAGCGUCCUGUCCAGCGACUCCUUUGACUUGCUGGAUUUGCAGGAGAAUCGCCCCGCCCGCCAGCGCAUCCGCAGCUGUGUCUCGGCGGAAAACUUCCUCCAGAUCCAGGACUUUGAGGGGCUCCAGAACCGGCCCCGGCCUCAGUACCCGAAGCGGUACCGGAACCGGCUGGGAGACAGCAGCUUCUCCCUCCUCACGGACAUGGAUGACGUGACUCAGGUCUACAAGAAAGCGCUGGAGAUCUGCAACAAACUCAACUAGCUCCCCCGGGGUGCAGGGGUGGGUUGGGGGUGGGUACGAGGGAGGAAGGGAAGCAAUGACUUGUGCUAACGAGCUGGUUACCUCUUUGCUGGCCACGAUGAUAGACUGAAAAAGGAUUGGUGCCAUCUCACUUGGCCAAGGUGGAAACCUUGAGCCAGCACCUAAAAGGGAGAAGUGGGCUCUCUGCCAGUCCUGUCAGCUGCCAGUCAGAAUUUGGGUCCUAAUUGGCAUUGGCUUUAUGGUACCUCCUAGAGGCCCAGCUAUCGGGGGAGGUGGCAUUGGCCAGCACUUAGAGGGUGGGAGGAAGGCUAUGGAAGAGGGAGCAUUUCCCUAGAAGUCAUCCAAGUGCUUCUGGAGGAGGCAUGAGAGAGACUGGAGACGUCUGCUUUGGGUGAGCUCAGAGCUUGCUCCUUCUCUCACAUUAGCAAGCUUGGUCUGGUCUGAUUGCAUGGGGUUGGCAAGUAGAUUUCAGCAACCUGAGUUUGAAUCGGUGGUUGAUUGAUAGUGGCUGCUGGCUGUGCUGGUGUGAGUAGCCCAGGCACAUGGGAAGGAGUGCUGUGAUCAACUAGUCAUGGCUGCCAUGGGUAUGGGAAGAGGGGCCGUAGCACUCAUGCCAUGUAGUUGCCAUCCUUGACCUGGUUAAGCCCUGGGAAUUAGGUUAAGGCAUCCUGUGGGAUCUAUGUUAUCUCUUAAUGCUACUGGAGUGGCACUUGUCCAUUUGCUGCUCUAUCUUGAAGGGAAGAUAGGGCCUUGAUCAGAGAGAGGAUGCUCUGAACUCGGCUAAGGUGAUUUUUUGGCUUCUUCUCUGAUGUCUGCCUUGCUCUUCAGCACAACUUCCCAAGGGUGGAUGGGAAAAAGAUGGUGGUGUCAGAGGUAUAACAGAGCCUGGGACCCUCUGUGCUUUUUGUACAGAUGAAUGGAAACUGACCCGCACCAACAAGGGGGCAACUUGUCAAUUUCUUUAACAUCUCAAUAUUAACUGGAAUGCUGCCUCUUGGGUUCAUUCUCAUCUGCAUGAAUGCUCUCACUUGGAUGUGAUACUGUCCAUAGUCUCCAAGGGAGUAACUGGCUCACCCAUUGACCCUGUCUAGUAAUAGCAGACAGUUUCCCCAUCCACCACGUGUGGAAUCCUCAGAAGUAGGCAAGUUUGCUUGUAGGGAGUUAGUGUGUAGGUGGGAUAUUUGGACGAGGAAAGGAAAGUCAGGCAGAAGGUGUUCCCCCCCCC